AUGUCGUCUGCUACACAAAGGCUUCAGUCAAAAGAACAAACUUUGGCAGAUGCCUAUUCACCUCCCGCUAAUUUCCUUGAAAUUGAUGUAUGCAAUCCCCAAAUUCAUGGUGAAGCUGGCAACCGUUACGUCGACUACGAGACAAAUCUCCCCGUAUUCCAAUUUUCUGAGUCAAGCGUGAGGAGAAGAUAUCGUGAUUUUGACUGGCUUCGUGGCGAGCUAGAUCGAGAAAGCAAAAUUAUUGUUCCUAAACUCCCCGGUAAGGCUUGGAAAAGGAUGCUUCCAUUGCGUGCUGAUGAUGGCCUAUUUGACAGGGAUUUUAUUGAGACCAGAAGAAGGGGAUUAGAAGAAUUUAUCAACAAGUAUGUUUCCUUUCCAUUUAAUUUUUAUAUUUUUAGGGUUGCCGGUCAUCCCUUAGUACAAAAUGAGAAGUGCCUUCAUAUGUUCCUCCAAAGUGAUUUGAUCGAUCGAAAUUACAAAUCGGGUAGAAUCACUAUAGGUUGA